GUUACUGUCUAUUUCGCUCAUUGGAUACAGAAGAGACUGAAAUCCCUGAUCGGACGCAUACUACGCUCAUGACUGUUGUGGAAGGGCAUGUUCCUGCCCAGAGUGUAGCAGAAAGCGCAAGGGAAAAAAAUCUCAAUUUUUACCGUAGAAAACUUAUUGAACAUCGGGAGAUAGACGCACGACUUAAAGAAGCUCGCGAAAAAUCGAAAGCUGUGACGAAGGAGUACGAGAAAGCUGAGGAUGAUCUUAAGGCUCUACAAAGUGUUGGCCAGGUUGUGGGCGAUGUGUUGAAGCAACUGACGGACGAUCACUUUAUCGUCAAGGCAAGCAACGGUCCUCGAUACGUUGUCGGUUGUCGCAGAAGCCUUCAGACAAGCAAGUUGAAAGCCGGGACUCGAGUUGCCCUUGACAUGACGACUUUGACGAUUAUGCGCCAGCUGCCCAGGGAAGUUGAUCCACUUGUUCACAAUAUGUCAUCCGAAGAUCCUGGUGAAGUAUCCUAUCAUUCAGUUGGCGGGCUAACCGAUCAAAUCAGAGAGCUCAGGGAGGUUAUUGAACUGCCCUUAAUGAACCCGGAGCUAUUCGUCCGCGUCGGUAUAACUCCUCCAAAAGGCUGUCUGCUAUAUGGACCACCAGGAACCGGAAAGACUCUUCUGGCCAGGGCAGUGGCAUCACAACUUGAUGCAAAUUUUUUAAAGGUGGUCUCUAGUAGUAUCGUGGACAAAUACAUCGGCGAAUCAGCUCGACUAAUACGCGAAAUGUUUAACUAUGCUCGUGAUCACCAACCGUGUAUCAUAUUCAUGGACGAAAUUGAUGCUAUAGGGGGUCGACGAUUUUCAGAAGGAACGAGCGCCGAUCGCGAGAUUCAAAGAACGUUGAUGGAGUUACUAAACCAGAUGGACGGUUUUGACGCACUGGGUCAAGUAAAAAUGAUUAUGGCAACCAAUCGCCCGGACACACUCGAUCCCGCCCUGCUUCGCCCUGGUCGACUGGAUCGUAAGAUUGAAAUCCCCCUCCCAAACGAGCAGGCUCGCAUGGAUAUCUUAAAAAUACACUCCGCACCCAUCUCAAAACACGGUGAAAUAGAUUGGGAAGCAGUGGUCAAGUUGUCUGACGGCUUCAACGGCGCCGACUUGCGAAAUGUAUGCACAGAAGCCGGUAUGUUUGCCAUUCGGGCCGAACGUGAUUACACAGUCGAAGAGGAUUUCAUGAAGGCGGUCCGGAAGAUCAAUGAUGCAAAGAAAUUGGAGACCAAAUUAGAUUACAAACCAGUUUGAUUCAGUUGGAUUUAUUCACAGGCUGUCCGACGGUUAAACUUAAACCAAUACAUUUUUCCCGCACUGCGAUGGGAUACACGCC